CUCUCUCUCUCUCUCUAGGAAGGUCUCAGAGAUGGGGAGUCGAAUCCCUUCGCACCAGCUCAGCAACGGCCUCUACGUCUCGGGCCGGCCCGAGCAGCUCAAGGAGCGGCUGCCCACAAUGGCGUCGAGGGCCGUGCCGUACACAGGCGGCGACGUCAAGAAGUCCGGCGAGCUCGGCAAGAUGUUCGACAUUCCCGUCUCCGGCGAGGGCCCACCCUCCCUCAAGCACUCCCGCCCCUCCUCCUCCUCCCAGCACAACAGCGGAUCCGUCCGAUCUGGCCCGAACUCCGGCCCCGUGCCCAAGCCUGGGUCCAAUUCCGGCCCCGUCAAGAAGACCGCCUCGGGCCCCAUGAUUCCCUUAGCCCCGACGGGGCUGAUCACCUCCGGGCCAAUCGGGUCGGGCCCGCUCGGCUCGGGGCGGGCCAGGUCGGGCCAGCUGGAGCAGCCGGCGGGGACGGCGAAGGCGGUGUACGGGUCGGCGGUGACGAGCCUGAGCGAGGAGGCGAGGGUGGGGUUCAGGGUCUCGAAGGCGGUGGUGUGGGUGUUCUUGAUAGUGGUGGCGAUGGGGGUGCUGGUGGGGGCGUUCUUGAUGGCGGCGGUGAAGAAGGCGGUGAUACUGGUGGCAGUGGCGGCGGUGGUGGCGCCGGCGGUAGCGGUGGUGGCCUGGAACUGGGCGUGGAGGAGGAGGGGGCUGCUAGGGUUUGUGAGGAGGUACCCCGACGCGGAGCUCAGAGGUGCUGUCGAUGGACAGUAUGUGAAGGUCACUGGGGUUGUCACCUGCGGCAGCAUUCCUUUGGAAUCAUCCUAUCAGAAGGUGCAAAGAUGUGUGUACAUUUCGACAGAAUUGUAUGAAUAUAAAGGAUGGGGAGGAAAAUCUGCAAAUCCGAAACACCGUUGCUUCUCAUGGGGAUGUAGACAUUCAGAGAGGUACAUGGCUGACUUCUACAUAUCAGACUUCCAGUCGGGAUUGAGAGCAUUAGUUAAGGCAGGCUAUGGAGCGAAGGUUGCUCCAUUUGUCAAACCAACCACAGCUGUAGAUGUGACCAAGGAAAAGAGAGAUUUGUCUCCAAGCUUCUUGCGCUGGCUUGCAGAGCGUAGCCUUUCGUAUGAUGAUCGUGUUAUGCGCCUCAAGGAAGGAUAUAUAAAAGAAGGAAGCACUGUAAGUGUCAUGGGGGUCGUGCGACGCCAUGAUAACGUACUCAUGAUUGUUCCACCGCCGGAGCCCAUAUCAACGGGCUGCCAAUGGGCCCAAUGCCUCCUUCCAACCUACGUGGAAGGCCUUAUCAUGACGUGUGCAGACAACCAAGAUGCUGACGUAGUGAACGUGUAAAUACCACGGGGCUUCAUCUUGUUAUAUUAUUCACGACGUGCUCUCUCACGAAUAUGUCUAAACGAUGGAAAUACGACGGUUUCCUGUGAAAGACUUUCUGCUGUUUUGUGAGUGUUCUUGAAAGGGGCGAGGAAAUGUUGCAUCCCGACAGCUGAUGAUCGACGAGGGUUGAAGGGAAUAGUUGAGACUCUAGAACUAUCAAUGAUGCGCAGGUUGUGAUGAAAGAUCCCUCAAGGGGACAGAGUAUAUAUUCCUUUCCACGAGGCUUAGGGGAAAAAGUGUAUAUUAUUAUGCUGCAGAUUUCUGAAUGUGGUUGAUUUUAUUAUGUACAUAAGUUGCAAGGCUUCUUCUGAGGAAUGCAGAAAGUGGUUUGCUUCUCUUCA